AAAGAAAUGAAAUUCAUCAUUUUUCAAUAAUGAAAAAUAAUGAUUCAAUUACUAUGCCAGGGUAAUAAAGGGGCAGACUGCAAUCAAUUUCGCAGAUUCAUACUAGAAUGUUCCGCACCAUGUCCACGGCUACUUCACAAUCGAAAAAGUGUUACAUUGUCAUCAUAGUCAUAGGUAUAGUAUAGGCAUAGGCAUGUUACAGUACGUUGGAUGUUGUUAUUAAAAUUUCUAGCCAUAAGUAUGCCGCAUGAUUAAUAUUAAUAAUGAAUUAAUGAGCUAAAUAGGUUAGUAGUUAUAAAUUAGUUGCUAUGAUGGUUAUAUUUGAUUAAGGCAAAAUAUUUCUUUCCUUUUAAAAAAAAAAAUGAAAACGGGAGUAGAAAAAUGAAAAAGAGAGUAUAAAAAUGAAGCCAGUCGCGUUACAAAACCCAAGCCGACUGAGUUCAGAAUUACUACUCAUAAUCGUAGGGCAGUUAUCAAUGUUAACCGCAUGAUUUAGAGCCUAAUAUUUGCACAUUUACGGCAAUUAAAAUUAUUUAUUUUUUUAUUCUUCACUGGUUUAGACAAAACUGUAAAACUCUUCUGUGUUUUGUUUUUCCUACUGGCAAGAGCCCAAGCCGAAGGCAAAAUAGAAAUAGGUGAGAAUUGAAAAAAAAAAAAAGACGAAAUUUAUAGACCUAUUAGUAGGCUUAUCUUUAUUAAUUAUACAUUAUUAUGAUUUGGUGACCAUGGAUCGACUAAAUUCCAUGUUGUGUGCAGGAAAAAAAAAACCUUUUAAGCGUACCGUAUAAGAUAGGCUACAUAAAAUAUAGGUCUUUUAUUAAUCUUCUAUUUUUGUGGUUCAUCAAAUUGAGAUGUGGAGAUAAUGUUACGAGUUAUAUACUGGCUUGUGCUUUGUAAAUCACCAUUUUAAUAUUCUUUGUUUGCCCUAGUUGUAGAUACUGAAAGUGAGCCAACUUUUAAAACUAAAAUCUUAAACCAGUUAACUUUAAAGCUCAAAUUUUCAAAUGAUCUGUAUGUAUCUUUUUUUUUAAAAUAAAAUUUUUGAUGAUAUAUAUCAUUAUAUAUAGCCUAUGUAUAUUAUAUUAUCUUAUUUCAGAGAACAAUGAUACAGGGCCCUGUCCAGAUCCCAUAAAAUCAAAAGUAUGUUUAGGCGGCGAUGUCCCAGUAUGUUGCCUGGAAACAGAGUACUGCAUUACGGGAGCAUGUGAAAAUUGCUUUAGUAGCAAACUUAGUGACCCCUUGACGUUGUGCUCAAGUUUAGAAUAUAAUGUUGCUUUGACCAAUAACCCAGAAAAAUGUGCUUCAGCUUGCAGGCACUUGAUCAGUCAGAGUCAGUGGAAAAAUGGAAAGUGUAAGUUUCAAUUAGAAUUUGAGAUAAGCAAUUAGAAAAAAUGUAAAUCUAAGACCAAUGUUGUUAUAAUAUCAUACAGUAUGCAAAAUAUUUAAAUAAUCUCAGGGUUACAGAAGAAAACCAUUUUUUGGUUAGAAUUAUUGCUUAUGUCCUAAUUACAAAUGUUUCAAUUUUUAAAAACUUAAAGAUUAUUAACUGAGGUCUACUAGUACUAGAGUGGCAUUUAUUUAUUGGAUGAAAAUAUACAUUACACGUUCAAUACCAGUAAGAGCAAAGUUUUAAAUUUGCUAUUUUUUAACUCAAUAACAAUCAAUCAAAUAUUUCUUUUUUUUCUGCUUUGUGGCCAUAUAUUUCUACUGUAUAUUUAUUGACAUAUCAAACAUGAAAAUAUCAGCCAAUAAUUCAAUGGUUACUUCGUAUGAUCAGAAUAUGAAGUAAUUGUUAAAAUAAUCAUUUUGUAUUGUAAGAAAAAUCAGGGAAUGUGAUAAACUUGAAGUGGAACAAAUGAGAGAAAGUGCAUUGUCUACUAUUUAUUAAUUGGUUCUUGAACUACAAGUUUAAAUCUUCCAAGUACAUUCACUGGUCUAAACUUAAAUUUACUUAGAUUUUAGAUUGAAUUAUCCAUUUUUUUUCAUUAAAAAAUAUAAUGUCAAGCAAAGCAAAAAUGUAACCUUGCAUAAAAAGAUAAUCAGACUCAAAUAUGAAUUAGAUGACGUGAUAUUUUUUACAAAGCAGAAUGCUAUAUGAUAGGGACUUGUGUUGAGCACACAUGUUCAUAAAAUAUUUGCAAUAUCCUUCAAAUGAUUUUUAUUAUUAAAAAAAAAAGACAAGUGUUCUGUAUAUUAACGCUUGUUUUUUACAGAUGAGAAUGGGAAAAGUAAUGUUAGUGAAACUACAUUGGCAUUUGAAAUUGUCCAUAUUCCAACUGAAAAGACCAAGACAAGUGAUGUCACCACGGAACCCAGCGAUUCAAAAGGUUUGUGUAAACUAAUCCGGAAUGGAAAAUAGAAAUAACAACAAAAAGCAGAUACAAUUUCUUGUCCCCACUGUUUCCUUAUAAAUAAUUAAAUAUGAAAGUGAAUAUUUGAAAAGAAAUGAGGGAAACAAUAUUUCAAAACAACCUUAUUGCUCUUGAAUAAUCCAUGCUUAUUCUAAAUUUAAAUUAAAGAUUAAUAAGUUUAUCUUUAAUGAUAAGUACUAAAAAUGAUGUUUUGAAAUACAUUAUAGUGUUGUCUUUACUAAGAAAUGGAAUUAUGCCAUAUAUAUAAACAUAUAGGCCCUAUUAUGUUUUUAUUGACAUAUGAAGCAUGAACAUGUAAACCAAUAAUUUAAUGUUUGUUUUAGAUCAGAAUAUUUAAACUCAACAUUUUGUAUUGUAGGAAACAUCACUAGAUGUGAUUAACUCACAUUGAACAAAUGAGAAAGUUGAUUUCCCUAAAUGUAUCGAUUAUUUUAAUUUGCACUACAAGGUUUAAACCUUCCACAUACAUUCAUUGGUCUAAACUGAAAUUUACUCAGAUUUAAUUUGCCCCCCACUUUUUACCUAAAAAAAAUAUGUCAGGUGAAACAAAAAAUGUUUCUUUGCAUAAAAAGCUAAUCAGAUUCAAAGAUGACUUACACAGCGUGAUGUUUUUACAUAGCAGAAUGCAGCGUGAUAGGGAGUUGUGUGAGAACACAUGUUGAUAAAGAUAUUUGCCCACAUCAUUCAAAUGAUCUAUUGUUUUGUAUCUUGAUAAUUUGUUUUACAGAUCAGAGUGGGAUGAAACAAAAUAGUAAUGUUAGUGUGUCAACAUUAGUAACAGAAAAGGUUUGCAUUUCAACAGUAAAAUGCAGGCAAAGUGAUGACACAAUAGGUUUGUGAAAACUGUAAUUAGUGCAGAAAAUAGCAAUAACAUUUUUAAAACAAAAGCUGAAAACCAUAAUUCACAUGGAUGUUAAAAUUUAUUUAACAAGUUAAUUUAUUGAGGGAUUAAAAUUUAAUGUUCACAAUUUUGUUUUAACUGAAGAUAAGAUGGGAUUCUUUUUUUUGUAUCCAAAUAAAUGGAAAUGUGUUUUUUGCUUACAUUGUACGAAUUCGUUUUCUGCAUUUGGAUAAACAUUCUUCUUAGUGUAACAAUUUUGAACUAGAAAAAUUAAAAUUUUGAAAAGUAUUUCAAAAAAGCAAAACUCAGCCCUCAUUUGUUACAAAAUGCACUUCCUAAUGACUCUAUUGAUUUUAAGAGUUAACAUUUUAUAACAGCCUUGGAAAGAUGUUGGUAAUUUCUGAAAGGUUGGCUAACAAAAGAAUUUAUAUAUCUUUCUGUGUUCUUUCACUUAAAAAACAAACUAUUUUGCGUAAAUUUUAUCUAUAAACUUCUAGUGGGGAAAUUCACAUAUUUUCUAAAUUUAUAAAUAAUAUUUGAUUUUUAAAAUUGUUUGUGUAUUUAUUUUCAGGGAUUGUGACUUUAGUUAUGGUCAUACUUUUAAUUCUGGGCUAUGUUGUAUAUAAAAUUUUCUCCUAUGUGUGCCGGAAAAAAAAACUAUCUUACAAUCCAGUUCCUAAUAGGGAAUCAGGUGGGUUUUAAGGUGGAAUAUAUAUAUAUAUAUAUAUAUAUAUUUAUAAAUAAUUAAUAUAUAUAUAUAUAUAUAUAUAUAUAUUAGUUAACCAAAGUAGAUGCACUAGGGAUUCAAGUCAUUACAUUUAUAGUUUAUUUACUAUUUAAAUCUUAAGUUUUAAGUUUUUUUAAAUCUUAUUUAACUGUGUACAUUUUUAAAUACUUGUGAAUAAUACCAAAUGAAAAAAACUGCCCCCAUACAUUAAUUCAUUGUUGGAGAUUAGUUUUAUUAGGCUCAAGCAUUUAUUUUUGUUUUGUUUGUUUUGUUGUUAUUCUUUUAGUUGAAAAAUUGUAAAAUAGCUUUGGGUCAGUUUGUGUCAUUCUUUCAGUUGUUUUAUAUUUUCGCUAUUGAAGGAUUUUGCAUUUAAUUUGUUUCCUUUGUGUCUGAAAUCAGAAGUGAACAAAACCAUAGCAAUAGGCCAGCAAGGGCGUGUUUCAAGGAUAAGAAAAGAACAACAGACAGAUGGUCGAGGUAUUUGCACUAUUCCAUAAUAAUCUUAAGAGUGUUGGACUGCCAUAAAAGCAGUCAAGUAGAUUAAAUUUAAUUUAAACUUGUAUGAAUGUCUUUUGCUGUGCUAAUGAAGGCAUUUGCCGAAACAUCUUCAUUUGUAAUCUAAGUAGCCAUUAUUAAAGCUCAGCCUAUUUGUUUUGUUUACACAAAUUUUUUGUGUCCCAUUAAUCCAUCAUAAUCUACGUUACUUAAGUAAUAUAAGAGUUAGUAUAAAUAUCAAACAAUGUUGUAACAAUUUUUUUUUCCAGCUCCAACUUCUGACAGCUCAAAUCCUCCAAGUGUUUCUUCUGGUGCCGGUGUCCCAGACAAUGGGUUUGGAAUAGAUACUGUUAAAAGACGAGGGGAUGGAAGUACAGUCUCUGAAAAUGAAAUAAUUGAUCUUUCAGUGUGAUGAGAGUUAAUUUAUGGCAGUAAAUGUAUGUUUUAAAACAAAUGCUUUUAGAGCAGUUCUUUUUUGUUGAAUCUCGCUUUGUUUAUCUAAAUUAUUUUUUUUUUACAAAAAUUAAUUGGUGCAUUAUAAAUUUCGGUCUGAUGUAAUUAAAUUUAAAUUUUUAAAGUAUUCUUGAAAAGAUAUUAUAAACAACAGCUACCCACCUUCAUUCAACAUCUACGGAUGGUUAUCUCCCUCAUAGCAUUGAAUUUGCAGCUGCAUCUAAUGUGAUGUCAAGUUUUGAAGCCCCUGUUGCACAGCCUUUUGGCAGGCAAAAAUAUUCAACUGCCUUUUUUGAAGUUUUUUUUUUAAUCAAUGUCAAUUCUUUUUCAAUCAGUUGUAGUAAGAAUCUAUGUAAAACUGAAACUCACAUAAGUUGUAUGUGAAAAUCUAUGAUGGGUAAGAAUAGGGUGCUACUAAUAAAAUGUAUGUUUUUAAAGAGAUUAAUACUAUUGUUUUAAAUACAUUUUUUAAUGUUUUGUUUAGCUUUUGUACAAUUUUAUACUGUAUUAUACCAUAAAAAUUUGAUUUGACUGUAUUGUAAAAAAAAAGAGUUGACUGGAUAAAUUGAAGUGUGAUUUUUAUGUGAUUAUCUAUUGUAUCUUAGAACUUUCUUUCUUUGUAUCUCUUACGCUAGACCAGUGGUUCUAAAAUUUUUAUUUUUUAAGACAGUGUCACCUUCGUUUUGUAAAUUGAUCUUUCCCGCCAUUAAUCUCUCUAUGUUGGUCUUAAGGGUUAUACAGUGAACCCUUGAAAGCACAAACCUUGAAAUAGCAUGUCCCUGGCAAAUGUGCCAACUCACCCAGGCAUGGAACAAUUUUUUAACAAUGACUGAACCUGCUAAGAGCAACAUCCCUGCAAAUAGCACCACCUUUGCUUUAGUCCCAAGGGUUUGCAUAUUUUCCAGGGUUCACUGUAAGAGAAUAAAUAAAUAAAUAUACAUAAGUAACACAACUCCAAUAAAUUCUUAAAAUUACAAAAGAAAAUUAAAAAAAAUUAUGAGUAACAUUUUUACUUUAUUACUUCACAUAUACCAUGAUUGACUUGAUGAAGGGGAUCUAGCUUUUUAAAGUAAGAGCAUAAUCAUUAUUUAUGAAUUGUUGUAUUGUAUUACAUUACAGUAAAUUAUUAAAUGCUUAAAUGUCCAUUUAAACAAAAAUAAUCUCCAUGAUUCAUGGUUGGCCUUUCGACCUUAUGGAGUGGAGGGUUGGCAGUUUUGUCUAGUUAUUUUAAAUACAGGGGUGAGGCUAGGAUCAAUGUCACCAGGGAUAGGUCAACAUUUUUGAUGGCCACAUCCACAUA